AUGGGCCAAGCCGCAUCUGACUGGAAGCAGAAAAGAAGCGUCAACACCUUGCUUCAACUUGCCCCGGAGAGGAACCCUGGUCAUGAUGGUUCUACCUCAACCUUUCGACGUGAGACUCUACUUGCUGCUCUCUCAAAUGUUGCAGCCGCAAUCAACAAGAAAAAAGGACACGUAACCAUCAUUGCUGUCGGCGGUGCUGUCAAUACUAUCUACCUCAGGUCCCGUGAGACUACUCACGAUGUCGAUUUUUUCAACAACAACUUGACAGCAGAAGACUUCGAGCGAUUGAAAGCUGGUGUUCGGGCUGCAUCCAAGAUUGACAAGACGUUGACGAGAGACUGGCUAAACAACCGCACAGCAUUCUUCAUUCCCAAGGACAAACAACACUCACUCACUGCACAGGCAUUAAACCAGAGGGAGGUCAUCUUUGAAGAGCCUGGCUUGACCGUACUCGCUGCACCUUGGGAAUACGCCUUCUGUGGCAAAGUCGAUCGCCUGUCCGUGGGUGGACUGCAUAGCGCCCAAGAUUACGACUUGAGCGAUGCUCUUGAAUAUUUGCGCCGAUACUUGACCAAGUCUGAGCUUGAGCAUAUCCCAAAGUCAACUGUUCAGGCGUAG